AUGAAUGUUCAAACAUUUGUAUAUAAUGAAAAUUUUUAUAAAAAACUUGCUUUAACAAUAGCUAUUAUUCGUUUAACACCAUCACAUAUGACACCAAAAGAAUAUACGAUACAAUUACAAAAUAUUAUACGACAAAAUAAAAUAAAUGAUACUAUACAAUAUGAACAAAUUUUAUUAGAUAUUCAUUCUCUUAGAAAAUCUAUAUCAAUAAUAAUACCAAAAAAAAAAUUUCUUGAUUUAAUUGAAUAUUAUAAAAAUUUUCUUCAAAAUAUAUUCAUUAUAUCAACUGAAUUUAAUAUUGAAAUACAAAUAAUUAUUAUUGAAACAAUUGAUCGUAUAUUUCAAUUAAUUAAAGAAAAUUUUUUUCAAAUACAACAACAAACAUUUGAAAUUCUAUUUAAACAAUUAAUUCAGACGAUUUUUAAUUUUGAUAUUAUACCAAAUAUUCAAAAACAUUCUAUUCAACAUAUACGACAAUUUAUUAAUUUAAUAUUAAUAUAUAUCAAACAAUCGAUGAUAAUUACUAAUGGUCAAAUUUUUAUUGAACAAAUCGGUUGUUAUCCAUCAUAUUUUUUAGUAGUUUUUGAACGAAUACUUACUGAAUUAUUUAUCUAUUUUGAUAAAACAAAUUCUAAUACAACAUAUGGUUUAAUUUUAAUUAAUAUUCUUCAAAAAUUAAUAACAUCAAAUGAUAAUACAAUAUUAAAACAAAUCUUAAAUAAUGAAUUAAUACGUCAACAAUUUCAUGAAUUACUUUAUACAUGUUUAGCAUUUAAUAAUAAUAAUGAUAAUUCAUUAGUAAUUUAUCUUUGGAAUAUUUAUGGUCGAAUUGUAUAG